GAACGUACUGAACAAUAAUGGGUAAGCAGGAAUCGAAUGACCUUUCACCCUACAGUGUCCGUCAUUUUUCACCGCUUGCUGCUCCAGACAGGCGCUUGCAGGAGGAUUGUGCGAAGGUAAUAAUCAACACCGGAAGCAGGUUCAACAUGGCAGAGACAGGUAAAUGGUCUCUUACUGCUGCUUCCAAGAACCUCGGUGAUGGGUCUCCUACAGGAUUUCUAGGUGACCGGAAUGAAAGUAAAACCAAAGACCAGCCAACAGUGAGCACAACCAUAGCGGUUAGUCAACCAAAACCAAACACUGGUGAGAAGCCUUACAUGUGUGGGGAGUGUGGAUACAGGACAGCAUGGGAGUCUCACUUAUCCCAACAUAUGAGAACACACACAGGGGAAAAACCAUUCAAGUGUGACCAGUGUGACUAUUCUGCUGCACGAAAAUACAGCUUGAAACAGCAUCUAGCCAAACACGCAGGUAAUAAAUCCUACAUGUGUGGGGAGUGUGGGUAUAGAGCAACUCAAAAGUGUCACUUAUCCAAACAUAUGAGAACUCAUACCGGCGACAAACCAUUCAAGUGUGACCAGUGUGACUAUUCUGCUGCAAAUAAGUCCAACUUGAACCAACAUUUAGUCAUGCACACUGGCUAUAAGCCCUACAUGUGUGGGGAGUGUGGGUACAUGACAGCUCUGAAGUCUGACUUAUCCAAACAUAUGAGAACUCAUACUGGUGACAAACCCUACAAGUGUGACCAGUGUGACUAUUCUGCUGCACAUAAGUCCAACUUGAACCGACAUUUAGCCAUGCACACUGGUGAUAAGCCCUACAUGUGUGGGGAGUGUGGGUACCGGACAACUCAGAAGUCUCAUUUAGUGGAACAUAUGAGAACUCAUACAGCUGAAAAACCCUACAAGUGUGAUCAUUGUGACUUUUCUACUGCACAUAAGUCCAACUUGAACCGACAUUUAGCCAUGCACACUGGUGAGAAGCCCUACAUGUGUGGAGAGUGUGGGUACAGGACAGCUCACAAGUCUCACUUAUCCCAACACAUGAGAACUCAUACUGGUGAAAACCCCGACAAAUCUGGGCAAUUCGGCUAUUCUGCUGCACUGAGAUCUACAUUGGACAACCCUGGUAAAGCACACCUGUGAAGAACACUACAAAUCUGAGAAAUGUGAUUUCGGGACAUAUAAGAAGACUCCCUUAUCCGAACUGAUAGCGUACCAGUUUUUAUGUUAUCUAGCUAUAGUAAAAAAAAAUGUACAACAGAUGUCAUCUACUUGUAGCAAAUAUAUCAUGUUGUGUAUGCAUUCUGCAACAGUCAUGUAAGAAGAACACUUAACGUGUCCUAUUCCAAUAUUUGAGAAUAAGCCUCCUCACAGUUACGACCUUACAUAUGCUGUAAUAAGUUCUAUAUCCCUUUCUUCUUUAUAUUGAGGUGACCGCCUUCAGCGUUUUGAAGCUUCUGUAACCUUUGAAUGUGUUGAGUUUGCUGAAAUGGGCGGUUAUGCCGACAAACACUUGAAACAGAUUUGAGUCUUGAAAAUGUCCACGUGGAACUUAAGGCGCCCUCCAAAGAUAGUAAUAGUUAGUUCAUAUUAGGUCAUUCCCCAAAUGUUUUAGGUAUGUGAUUCCGGUAUGUUUGUUUAAAUAGAAACAAAAUAUUGUCCCUUUCAGACGAUA